AUGAGGGAGGUUAUAGCAAUUGCCGCUAGUGAGGGUAUUGAAAUAUCGCCCGAAACUAUUGAAAAAUUCAUUCAUAUAGGUGAUGGCUUGUUUUAUAGUCCUUCAAUGUGUGUUGAUGCAAGAAAGAAACAAUUAUUUGAGUUGGAAGUUAUUUUAGGUAACCCUUUAAAGAUCGCAGAGGCAAAUGGAGUAGAGACACCAAUAUUACGAACNUUAUAUACCUUAUUAACAAUGGUUCAGUUUAGAAUUAAAGAAGAAAAGGGCAUAAUCAAAAUAGAUGAAAACGAAUAUAAAAGCAUAAACUCGGAUUCUUAUCCAGAUUUACUCAAAAAAUAG